CACCGUUUCGUCGCUUUCACACGUUAGCGAGGCGCAAGCCUGAAUGCUAAACAACGUGAACGUGCGAUGAAUGGCCGACGCGGCGGCAUCCGCCCGAACUGCCGACCGUUUCGCGUUAUGUGCGCGUUAAACCCUAACGUUUGGAAGUACUCAGGUACGCUGCUCUUUUGCUCUAAACGGCUAGAAGACGGCGCGCCCUGCGAUCGAAAAGCGCGGUGCUGCGAUGGAUGAAGCUUUGCGCGCGACACAGCUGCACGGAACGCCGAAGGCGCGCGUGCGAAGGAAAAAGAAAGCAGCCUUGAUCCCUUUUCGAAACGCGUCUUUCCUCGGCAGCUGCUCGUCACGAGACGAGCCUGAUUGCCUCCUCGCUGUGAGUCGAGUGGGCGCGUCGAUCUCGUCAAGUGCCUCGGAACAGAGAUAGGACGCGCUACAGUGCUUGAUCGCACUCGUUCAGCGGCCGGCGCGUGCCUUCGAAACGGGACAAAACUGCGAUGGCGGCAUCAUCCGGCGCCUACCCGAGCGUUGGCGAGCUCGCGCUGCGUGCGCUGAGCAAGUAUCGCUCGGAGUUUGGGUCCGAGCCCGCGUUCUACGGAAGUGCGCCGGGCCGAGUCAAUCUCAUCGGCGAACACGUGGACUACUGCGAAGGCCUGGUCCUCCCAUGCGCCAUGCCGCUGUACACUGUGGUCAUUGGAUCCCCUGUCGUGGGAAGCAGCGUGUGCAAUGUCCACAGUUUAGACUAUCCCGAGCCUGCAAGCUUUCAGCUGCCGACAGAAGAGAGCCCUCUGAAGCCCGGUGAACCGUCGUGGAGUAAUUAUGUUCGGGGCGUCGUCGCUCAUUUCCCAGGGCCCAUACGGAGCGGCUUCAAUGCGGUUGUGAUCAGCUCGGUGCCCGUCGGAGCUGGACUCUCCAGUUCUGCUGCACUGGAGGUGGCCAUGUUCAACUUCCUGAGGACGUUGCUGCAUCCAGAUGAGCUGAGCGACGCACACCGGGCCCCGCUGUGCUGCCAGAAAGCAGAGCACGAGUUUGCCGGCGUGCCGUGCGGCAUCAUGGACCAGAUGGCUGCCUAUUGGUGCAGGCCGAGCCACGCCUUGCUUCUUGAUUGCCGGUCCCUUGCCUUGGAGCAUGUACCCCUCAACCUGACCUCCGCGGUCAUUCUGGUGACAGACUCUAAAGUGAAGCACGCCCUGACCGGUGGUGAAUACGCUAAACGGCGCGACAGCUGCCAGGCUGCGAGCGCCGUCCUCGACAAGAGCCUGAGAGAUGCUUCGCUUGAAGAUCUCGAAGGCUGCCGGGAACGAAUGACAUCCGAACAGUACCGGCGAGCCCGGCAUGUCAUCUCUGAAAUCCAGCGCACGGCCCAAGCAGCCAAACUGCUCCGAAAGGGCGAUUUCCGGGGCCUGGGUGAACUCAUGAAUGCCAGCCACGCGUCUCUCAGAGACGACUUCGAGGUUUCCUGUCCCGAACUGGGCGAACUCACUCGGCUGAGCCUGGAGUCCGGAGCGUACGGAUCUCGGCUCACGGGUGCGGGAUUUGGAGGAUGCACCGUGACGUUGGUGGAGGAGAAGCUCUUGCCAGCCGUGAUGGACAACAUCAAGAGUAACUACAAGGGACAGGCCUCUUUCUACAUCUGUGAGCCAUCGGCAGGGGCACAGUACGGAUGCUUGAGCAGUCUCACAGGUGUGAAGAACAGCUGAAGCGUGUCUGUGCUUUGAGGAAGAAAAGGAAUUGUUUGCUCUCAACAGGAACCACAGACUGAAAGGGACAGUCUCCAUCGUAGACAUGUAGUGGCGAUUAGAAGUUCACUAGCCCAAUGCGGUGUCAUAAAUUUUGACAGUGCAGUUUGAAUGAACUCCUUUUAAAAAUGUAACGUUGACCUUAAUUUUCUCUCAUACUAAUUGCCAUACCUGGCAAUUAGUAUGUGAGCUAAUGGCAUUUGGGGCACACAUCCGCUCAUUUAGUCCGGUGCAAAUUUGCUGGUAUGAAACAGGUAGCAAUAAGCCGUCUCACCUGUGUGAGUGGAAGUAGUAGAUGGAAAUUGAGACUUUUUUUUCGUUAUCUGAUGCUUUAGAGUUGUUACCUAGCGAACUAGUUCAUGAGGAUGGCUUGGUGGGCUAGUUGGUACUGCAUCAUGAAAGAUUACAGCACACAUAGACCUCGAUCCUAGACCUCGAUACUUCACCUUUUCAUCAUUUCCUGUUAAAAUGCACUGGUUUCCAAUUUGAGUGGUGCUGUAGGCAAGACUCAUUCAAUGGCAUUGUAAGAAACUCACUCAUUCAACCACACGCUGUGUCAGCUGACCAAACUGCGUCACCACCGAAGCAACUUUUUGUGUAAGCUGCAGAAUGGACGAAGUCUUUAAAAUAUGGCUGUCGUGAUGCAUCUCCUGCUUCCAGUAUAGAAUCCGGCACUUGCAGCAUGCAAAAGCAUAGCCUUUUAUAUGUGCGGCUGGGACUCUGCGAAAACUGUUAGCUUGGAGGUUUGCGCACCGCCCCCAUUUCGUGCCAGUCGCCAUUCUACGCAAAUUUGCCCAAUUCCAUCAGGCCUUCUAACGCUAUGCCUUCCUAAAUUAUGCUUCUGUUCACCUGCUCUCUAGUCCCCCACACCAAAGUUUUGCUAUCUCUUCACUGUUGCACCUAUUGUCUCUCAUUUUCAAACUGCACGCUAUGCCCUUCAUGUCUCACGGGCCCACUAGUCUAAACCACUUCAGUACACAGGGUGUCAAGAAGUACGUAUUUAAAGUCCGUUGAAACAUUCUGAAACAUUUUAGCCCAUGAAACAUUCAACCAUCUUGUAUAAACUGUUUGUAUGUCAGAAUGAGUAAAUAAAGUGACACU